GACUUAGGUUGUAUAAUGACUGAUUCUAAUGAAGAGCAGGCUGCCACAGGCAAUGAACAAGAUGACUUUGAAUUCUCGAAGGCCUAUGAUCCAGUUAUAAGCCACUCAUGGAAACGGAUUCGAGAGGCUAACGAAGAUAAAUAUUCAUUUUGCUCAAACAAGUUAAAGAAGAAGAGGAAACACUACCCUAGUCAGAUCAAGAAAAUGCACCGAGUUGUUCAGGGAAAGGGAAUCGUGUCAACUCAAUUCAGGAGUGACCAAGAGGGCCAUAAUGAGCCUUUUGAUGAUAUGACACUAAGUCAAGCCGGAUACAAAGUACAGGAUAAUGUUUCAAAGUCAGAAACAGAGCCAUCUGGAAUUCCAGUGCCAUUGCUGUCUGCAUAUCUCAUCAGUGUACAUGAACAGCGUGCUUUCAACUCAUUGGACAACUCUCUCCGGUCGUUUGUUGUACAGGGAAUCAAUAGAAUCGAUUCCUCUUUGAAGUAA